AUGGAGACGGCUGCCGCGACCGCGAGGCCCGGCGCAGCGAGGAAACGGCUGCGGAGCCAAUCGCCGCCUUGCGAAGGGGAGGGUCCGAGCGAGCUCAAGCUCGCUAGACUUCGCUUCGACUGCGACGGCGGCGCCAAGGGCGCGUGGGAACACCUCGACCUCGUCCUAUCCCUCCAGAGCAAGGAGCUGUCGCUCGAAAGAAAGAUUGAGCUAGCAGUUGAAUUUCUAACCACACUGCCAAAUGACUCGAGCCACGGCCAUAAGGUGCACAGCAUUCAGCUAUUGCGUCUGGUGUCAUUUAUCGGAAACUGGGUGCAGUCUAUCUUAAAUUUUCCUGAGAAUAGUAAAAAGGUGCUACAGACUUUUGAUCCAGCAUUGGAUUGUAGAUGCUGGGAAAUUUUGAGAGUUUGUGUUGAAAAGAAGCCAUCCAUUUCAAUAUCUCUGAACUUACUUAAAUCACUUAGUCAUGUUGCAAGCCAUGGUUUGGGCAGAGUUGAUAGCAACAGGUCACAUGCUGACAAUGAAUCUAUUGAGCUCUUCGAACAAGUGUUUGACUGUAUGUCAUUGCUUUUCUCCUCCAACACAAGAGCAUUCUUCAAUGCAGGUGUAGAUUUAUGGGCCUCGUGUGCUAUUGAGGUUAUCAAUCUUGCCCAGAAGGUUUCAGCUAAUGAGGACGAUUUCUGCCCUGUUCUUCAGAAACUUGCAAAUUGCCUCCUUGGGCAAUUCUCAAGCUUCCUGAGAUUUUGCGCAAAUCCGAAGAAUAUUUUCCAUGCUUUUGUUGAUAAGGUUCUAGGGCCAUUGUUGGAGUUGUUAGUUUUACUUAAUUCACAAGCAAAUUCCUGUAAGCACAAGCAGUCAGGAACAAUGUUGAAAAUUGUUGAAGAUGUCUUGUCAAAUGGACUGUUUCAUCCCCAACAUCUUAGUGGAUAUUUCGGUCUCAGCAGUUUGAAUAAAUCUCUUUCUGCCAAGGAUAUCAAAGGAAGCUACCAUAGACACCUAUUUCAGCGAUUCAAAGGAAUAAAAAUGGAAAACAAGGCUGUAUUGCUGGCUGGGUUUGGUUACUUGCUUCAAUUGUUUGUCAGGAGAGCUAGAAAUCAAAGAACUGUAGCACUGAGUGGAACAACAUUGGGUCGGCUGCACAAAAGCAAUGAUGGUUCUGAAGAACCACAACAACAUAGAGAAUCACUUUUUGAAGUGUUUAUUAAGUUUAUGGAACCCAUGGUGUUAGAGUGUAAAUCGUAUUCCCAAAAGGAUUUUUCUAAGUUAGGGGUGACAAGGCUAGUAGAGGUCCAUUGCAUGCUGAAAUCCAUUAAUGUGAUGCUGAUAACACUUAUUGAAGAGAAGAUCUAUGUUCCUACAGAGGAUACAUUGGAAGGAUCUUACUUCAACUUUUUGCAAGAUAUUUACUCUGUCUUGAUCUCAAUAUCUGAAAAGAUGUACAAAUUCUGGAUGUCUGCUGUGCAUCUAGAAGAUGUAAGCAUUAAGAAGAUAGUACCUUUAAUGUUCGCAGAGAUUGUUUCUGCAGUUGGCAGUUUUCUAGAAAUCGAGUACAAAGUUCUGGGAGAUGACCUUAUGAAAUUGUGGUUAAUGAUUUUUGCUUUGUCUGCAUUUAAUACAUCUUCCAAGGACAUCAAACCAUGUUUCCUGCUAGCUUCAAAGAUUUCAAGCCUCGCAGCCCAAGUGAUUUGCACAUUCAGUGAGCUUCGUCAGGUUUCCCGCUCGAUUUUCAGGCUGUGUGAUGCUGUGAGAGCAUUCAGAGGUGAUGGCCCUGAUGGAGUACAAGGCUCAUUUUCUGUGGCUUCUUUAUUGCCCCAGGAAUGUUUGGAAUCAUUGACAACAUUGUUGAGUUCUGAAACAUUGAUGGGUGCUAUUCGUACUUCAAUUAAAUUGAUGCCUCAAGGGCAGUCUAGUCGAUGCAUAGAGGAGCUUACAUCGGAUCUCACAGAAACAUUGAACUGGAUGACAGAUUGCAGUUUGGAAGAUGAUUUAAACAAACUUGGAGAGCCGUCCAUUGCCAGGAACUCUAUUUUUUUCAGAAAGCCGAACUUCUUGGCAGGCACUUAUCUGAAAUAUAUGCUAGUGUUCUUGACUCAAUAA